CGUAGCUCUCUGAACCCAACCUCCUGCUCCUCCUAUUCCCCUUAAUUCGUUUGCCAUACAACCAUCAAUCCUUACUGCCAUCAUUCCCCCUGCUAAGCCAGCCUCCCCCGCCAUCCAGUUUUUCUAUAGACCCUGGAUAGUCUAUCUUCCCACCUUGCGGCAGGAUUCCUUCCUUCUUUCCUUCAGCAAUCUUCCAAACCAUCGACCGACUGUGGUUCUUUCAAAGGUUUCCUGAGCUAUUGGUCCUUGACCCGGUAGCCCAAGGACACCUCGUAGGUGCGUUCAGCGUACUUACCAUUUAGGUAGUAGAUUUGUUGUUCAUUUCCUGUCUUCCUGUGUGGAGUGUGUACGGCAGCUCAUAGUUUACCCACGCACCACGGGUCCGGAACAACUGCUCAGGAGAUAGGUCCUGGCGGUUGUUGAAAUUGGGAGAAUAAACGCCUAGACUUGCACCCUAUAAUUUUUAUAGCCAGUGGGAAGUUCUCACAGGCUCAACAGAGACGACGUCGUGCACGUCGAAGUCUACCGCCUAAUUUCAUCAUGGCUACUCGUCACCUCCCAAUCAGAGACCUCCACCGUACUAAUGCUAUCAUGUUACCCGACAAUCCUAUACCGCUCCCCCCUCCCGAUGAUACAUCCGCAACCGCCACAACUGCUUCUAUCACUCCCACCUCCAUUUCCCCUUCUGUAGACUCACCUUCCCCUACCGUCCAGGUCACCCCGAAGAGACCGAUAGCAAGCAUUCCCCCCGCAAGCCUUGCACCAGCUGUCUCAUUCACUCGGCCCCCGGCGACGGAUCCACCUAUCUCAUCCCCUUUAGCGCCCCAUCAAGGAAAUUCUUGGGAUCUUGAAACAUCUUAUCCUGGUAACGGUGCGAGAUUCACAAGCAUCCCCAUCACUCCCCCUCGUGGCUCAGCUCAAAGCAAUACUCGACGUCUCCCACCUGGCAGCGUGGGCCAGACCCCCCUCGCUCCUGGCAGAGAGUCUUCACCGAGUCGUCUCUCAACAAUAUCAGCUCUUGCUGGAUCACAAUUGUCGCGGGUAGCUUCGGUGAGGCAUACUCGGUCUCAUUCAACUCCAAUGGGAUUCACCGGGGAUAAUCGAGGAAAGCAUAAACGCCAGCAACAACAACAACAACGGAACACCGCUGGAUUAUUCUCCUCCAUAUUCACGCCGUCGGCUAAACAAAGUCCUCCGGAGAGACAGGAUCCUCCACCUUCGUCGUUACGGGCUGUUGCGUCAUCUGCCUCUGCUUUAGCUUCAGCAAUGGGAACCCCAAAGUCUGGUAACAAGGGGUUCUUCAACUUUGCGUUUGGAAGCUCGAAUCAGCCAAAUUUAUCGCCGUCGUCUCGCUCGUCCACUCGGGCGCUUUCGCCAGAUCGUGAUACAUGUCUGGUCGAUGAGUUUGCUGGUAUUUCCUUCCGUGCAUUGCUACAGCCGUAUACUCUUGAGCCUCUGGGGACACCCGAGACUCCUGAGGAAGCGCUGAAGCGAACCCCCGAGGGGCGUUUGGGAGAGCUUUGCGAAACUGCUGGGGAUUUGCUGGAGCGGGUUUAUAAAGCGUACAAGGCCCGGACGGAUGCGCUUUCGGAUGUGAUGGACCAGCAGGCGGAGGAUCAGGAUUUGUUAGAGGAGUCGAAGACGAAGACGGCAGGAUACAAGCUGCAGUUGGAACGACUCACUACGGAGGAGAGAUUAGCAAGGGAGGAGCAACAGUUACGGCUCGCAGCAUACGAAAAGCGGAUAAGAGAUCUAGAAGAUGAACUAUGCCGCGAAAAGGCCAAGGUGCAGGACCUUGAACAACGGGCUGCGGUGGCCAACCGAAAGAAGCGCACAAGUGCAGCCAGCGACUCUGGCUUUGAAAGCGACGCAGAUAGCCUAUUCUCCAUUCGCGAGAGGGACCGCAUGGCCAGUCCCGUAGACUCAUUCCUGGACACUGGCAUCGAUGAAACCUCCUCCACAACCUCCACCUCAACAGUCACAACUUCCACUGCCUCUGCUGCACCAUUAAAAUGCGACUCUUGCGCCAAACUCCUCCACCCCAUCUCCUCCGCGUCUUCCACUGCAAGCAUGAGAAACCCUACACCGCUUAGCCAAGCUUGGGCCCCCUCGAACAAUAGCAAUAACAAUAACCCAACAUCAAAAUGGGGCUUCGCCGCUGCCCUCAGAGGGAAUAGGCAGACGGGUGUCUGGGGAGGAAGUGACGCGGAAAUUGUCCGUCAGGAGAAUCGUAUGCUUAGGGCUCGCGUGGGUGAACUUGAAGUUGUAGUGGACGACGUGUUGGAAGUUGUUGCUGGUCGUGGUGUUUUUUAAAUUCCUUUCUUUUCCAGUCUUUCAUCGAAAAGUAGUAAUGACACUACUUUUUUUACCUCAAUUUGUUGGAUUUUUCUUUCUUUUUUCCCCCUACAUUGGUGGUUACGGAGUUGGGGUCUUUUCUUUCACUUUUUUCUUUCUUCCUUUGGGUGAAUUUGCUUUCUUCCGCCCUUUCACCUCCUAGGAACACUGGGGUGGAUGGAUUCUUGUGCAUAACUUUGUCUUUCCCGGCUGUGACCUUUUUCCUUCCCUUGUCUGUUGCUGGGUAUUUGGAUUUUCCGUCAUGUGAUGGAUUAUCUCAAUUAUUUUGAUCAGAAGUGCUUAA